AUGUUUGUCCAAACACUGGUAGGAGCAGCCCGGGUGUGGUGGGAUAGCCUGCCCGUCGGGGAAAUCGAUAGCUUUGAAGAUCUAGAGGCCAAAUUCACGUUGCAAUUCAGCCAACAGAGAAGGCACACAAAGGAUCGAAAUGAACUCUUGCACAUUCGUCGGCGAGACAAUGAAACGGCGGAGAAUUUCAUCGUUAGAUUCAACAAAGAAAGCUUGGCAAUCCCAGGUGUCACAAAUGAUCUAGCGUGUGGAGCUUUCCUACAAGGAGUAAAUGACGACGAGUUGUUAAGAACACUUUAUGGGAGGGAUGGCGUACCUCCCACCAUAGACGAAAUCCUGAGGAUAGCCAAGGUGUCCAGAAACACCUACUCAAGAAACGAGUCCUCUUCUAAACCGCGAUCCGACUUCCCUAACUUGAGCAAAACGCCGGCAGAGAUCCUGGCCUCUGAAAACCUCAAGUUUAAUCCUCCAAAGCCGUUGAAGAACACUCCCAACAAAGACACCAGCAAUUACUGUGAAUACCACAAAGGGAGCGGCCAUGAUACCAACGACUGUUUUCAAUUAAAGAAGCAGAUCGAGUAUUUCGUGAAGGCGGGUAAGUUGGCUCAUCUGGUGCGAGAUAUAAAACAGGGCCCGCCUCCAAUCAAAAAAGAAAAUGAUAAAGGGGUGGGUAAGAGACAGCGAGAGCUAAACAUGGUGUACGCCGAUAAGGGAAAGGGGCUAAACGGAGUUUCUCCAUGCUCGAACCCUGGAUGCUGGCAACCAUGA